AUGACUGCUGUCACCACCUCACAUCGAGGCUUCCCGCCAUCUCAGCGGGUGUCUGAGGCCGACUCAGACCAAUGGGACUUCUCGGUCCCAGAUCCAUUAGUGAACAAACAGGAGCAGCUGCCUUCUCACCAGGGCAACCAGCAGGGUACCCAUCAGAACGGAACGUACGCGCCCUCGACACAAUAUCAGCCAGAGUCGAGAAAACGGGCAAAACCAGCCAGGGUGGAGGGAAACGAUCACUUCACUGCGAAUGCGCCAGGGAGCAUAUCCAAGGGAUCGAAGAAAAAUUACAAUUUGGAUAAUGCAUACCUGUCUCCCCUGAAGGGCGAAUUUAAGCCUGGAUCAAGGGGCAGCAGAAACAGCAGUGAGCCAGAUAGUCUACUAGAGCUGUAUGGAAAUCCUAGAGGUGCGGAUGGCAAGAGUAUUAGGGAGAACACACCCGACUCCAAGCGAUCAGCCUUUCAACCGCCACCAGAAGAGACCAACGAUAUUGAGGAGGGAGGAGCAGAAACGUCCCAUUGGAUACACAGAGACAAGCUGCUCCAGAUUGAGAAACAAGAAAUGCAAGAGCUAGGUAUCAGUCCACCGCCCGCGCCCAGAGCAGUCAGCAGAUCUAAGAGUCGCCGAGAACGAAGUCGGAGUACUCCUACCGAAGGCGAUGCUGAGGGCGAUCUUGAUGCACGACCCAAGGAGGAUCCUCAGCCUGACCAGCAUGACCCUCAGACUCUCCAAGACGCUGGUAUGGAUCCUGAUGCUGAGAAAACGGCAUCUCCGGUAUACCGUUCGCAGCAUCUACGCUCCAGCUCAUCACGCAUACCGCUACCACGAUCCAAUCCGAUGUCAGUGACGCAGAACGCCGACAAAAGUACUCCAGUGUAUCACACACGCACCGCCAGUUCAGGAGACGAUGUAGUGUCGUAUUCCCGCACAAGGAGUCGAAAUAACAGCGUUGGCUCUCAAAAUCUUCUGAACGAUCCGCUCGGCACUUCAUCACCAACAAGUCCCUCCAACAAUACCCAAGGCUCGCCCUCCAAGAAUCGAAGCAUCGGCAGAGCAGCCGGUCACAACCGAAAACCCUCCAUCUCCAGCCCCGACGGCCCAAAAUCCCCCACCCCGAACACCUCACGUACGCCAUCCGCAUCGACACCAACCAUCCAACCCAAAUCACGUCAAGGCCUAGAGGCCCGCCCACCAACUGCGAUCAACCGACCAGAAGGCGAACCGCCGUGGAUCAAAGAAAUGUACAAGCCAGAUCCACGCCUCCCUCCAGAGCAGCAAAUGCUCCCCACACACGCGAAGCGCCUACAACAAGAACAAUGGGAGCAAGCGCGCAAAGAAUCCGAAACGCGCCAACGCGAGCUCGAGAAGCAAACGGCCCGCAAACCCUCCAACGUCCCCAUCGAACAUGACCGCGACAAUGAGAAGAACGCCCAGCCCCACGGCCGUGGCUUCAGCCCCGUCGCCGUCCACACGCGCGACGGAUUGCAGCCUCCUCCUCCCUCAUUCCAAGACCAGCGCGCCGCGAGUCCCGCAGAUAGGGAUAAACCCCUGCCCAGCACCGGCCAUUCUAAUGAGAGUAACAUCCCGCAAGCCAGUGGGGGGGCGCUGAGUGGCCGCUGCAGCAGAACAGUGAGAGAAAGCCGCCCUCUUUGGCGAUCAAAACGUCGCCGACUUCGGUUGGCGGCGCGAAUGAGGGCAGGAAUAAUGCGGGAUAUAGUCCCCUUCCGCCACGGGUGCCGCCGCAGGGGUUGA